GUCAAUGAAACAAGCAGACGAUAUUUACGAGAAAUAUAAUCAUACAGCAAGUAGACAGUGGGCAAAAUGGUGGCAGACGAGAAAUUGUUUUUCUCGAAAGCCGUCCAACAUUUAGCUAGAUGUUUAGCAGCAAUUAAACCUACAUCAUCAGAAAAGAUCACACAAUUAUUCAAGUUAUGCCCACAAGAAUCUACUCAAGGUAUAUAUAGAUUAGAUCAAAGAGGUCAAGAUGCAACUAUUGCAUUGGGAAUAUACUUUUUGGAAUCUGGUCUACAACAUCGGGAUAAAAUAUUACCUUAUCUUUUACGAUUAUUACGUGGUCUUCCAAAAGCUGUAUGGUUGGAUGAAAUCAAAUGUUCACCUAGUGAACGUAUUCCUGUUGCUGAACGUUUUAGUUUUUGUUUAAAUACAUUACUUAGUGAUGUUGCAGCUAGAUGUGAACCAGUACGUGAAGAAAUCAUUUCUACUCAAGUAGAAAUACUUGCAGUUUUAACAAAUCUCAUUAGAGGAUACAAAGAUCAAAAUGGCAAUAGAGGGAUGCAAGCAAAAUUGUCAUUGUGUAAAUGUCUAGUUCCAGUAUUAAUCGGUUUAGCUCGAUCUAUGGGUCGCUUUGCAUACACUGAUCCACCUCUUUUAUGUCGUAUUUUCCCGAGACCGGAACCACCUCUCUUAAAACCAAAUACAGAAACGCGUUUAAUAUCAGAUAGAAAGCAACAUAGUUUUUCGAACUUUCGACCAAUUAUUCCUCGGUCGUUAAGUGGUAAUUUGAAUCCUCAUCCGAUUGUGGAUACUGCACCAAGUUUAUUGAUCGGGGAUCACGAAUAUCCCUGUGCUAAACGACCAUCAUUACAAUCUUAUUCAUCAGUACCUUAUGAUCCACCCACAUAUUUUUUUAGUCGAUAUGGAUCAAGUUUCAACCAAUUUCCUCAAAUGAGAUGCAAUGAAAGUCCUGAGAGAAGAGCUGGUAUGCAAUUUAAUGUAGUACAUUUACAAAGUGUAUUGGCUUUAGCAAAAAAAUUGCUUACUAAAGAAAUUUUAACAUUUCUCGAUGAAGAAACUCAACAAGUUUACAAUUCUGGACAGGUGCAAAUAUUUCCUUAUCGUACAUUUAGUGAAACAAUGAAUUUAGUAAUGGUUGCUCUUUUGCGAGAACUAUUACAAAAUCAACGCGAUUUGCCUACUCCAUUUACAAGGGAUGUACAAGAGUUUGUAAAAGGUCUAUUUUUAUCUGGUCAAACAGAAUUGCAAUCGCGUCAACAUGAUGCAAGCGAACGCGAGGACAUGGAUACUAAUUUCCGAACUGUAAAUAGAUUUAAAGUAAACGUUAUGGCUAAUUCUGCUUGUGUUGAUCUUCUUGUUUGGGCAAUUGGUGAUGAAACUGGUGCAGAUAGUUUAUGCGGACGUUUAGUUGAAAAGAUUAAUUCUAAUCAUGGACCAAAACUGGUGCUGGCACAUAUGCCUUUAUUAAUGGUAUGCCUUGAAGGAUUAGGAAAAUUAGCGCAAAAAUUUCCUAAUAUUGCAAGUACAUCUAUAUAUUAUCUUCGAGAUUUUCUUGUUGUUCCAUCGCCUAUAUUACUUAAAUUACAUCGUCAACAAAGUGAAAGAGGUGGCAUAAAAUCUUUAAUAAACAUAUUAUAUUGUAAUGCUGUAAUAUAUAUGAAAAAUUUUUUUUUAAGGAAAGAUAUACAAGAUUCGAAACAAACUACUUCGUCGAUACAAACAGCCUUUGAGAAAUUACGAGAUGCAGCUAUUGGUAAUCUUUGUAUUGCUUUAGAAGCUGCUCAUUCUGUUAAUCCGGAUUGUGUACCGGCAUUAGUUGCUAGUGUCUCGAAUAGAUUAUUUGCUGCUGAUAUAUGCGACGGUGAAUCUGAUGACAGGUCGAAUAGCGAAUUAAUUUCGAAAAAUAUAGUAAUUAUGUUGGGGCAUGUCGCUGUUGCGUUGAAAGAUACCCCAAAAACUAUGCGUACAAUAUUCCCAUUUUUUCAACAAUUAUUUUGUCGUACUCCGAGUGAUCUUGAUUUUCUGAUCGUGGAUCAAUUAGGAUGUAUGAUUAUUGCGAAAUGCGAAUCAAAGAUUUAUGAAGGCAUAAUGCAAAUGUUUUCUAUGUCAUUGGGUUCAAGUACGGCAACUUAUGCUUCUAAUGAUGAUCGAAAGCAAUAUUGUCAUGUAGCUAAAGCAGUCACAAAUGCUCUUGCAAAUAUAGCAGCGAAUCUCCAAGGUGAAACAGAAUUAAAUGAUUUAUUACUUCAUUUGCUCGAACUUUUUGUUCAGUUAGGAUUAGAAGGUAAACGUGCCAGUGAUAAAGCAUCAAAUAAUGUCUCUAUGACGAAAACAGCAAGUAGCGCAGGAAAUUUAGGUGUGCUCAUUCCUGUAAUUGCUAUAUUACUACGGCGACUUCCACCGAUCAGACAUCCACAAAAAAGACUUUUAAAGCUUUUUAAAGAUUUCUGGCUUUAUUGUGUCGUGAUGGGUUUUGCUGGCGAUCAAGCACCGCGAUUGUGGCCCGCAGAAUGGUACGAAGGUGUUAAAGAAAUUGCUGUAAAGUCGCCUUAUCUUAUUUCACAAACUAGUGCACGACUUGAAAUGAGAGAAUUACAAUAUACUUCAGCUGUACGCAAUGAUAGUGUUUCUUUGAAUGAAUUACAAGAAUUAAGAAGUCAAAUAUUAAAAUUAAGUACUCGAACAAACGAUAUAUCACAAUAUGUGACAAAAUUACAAUUUGCACAAUGUACAUAUUUAUUAUCGGUCUAUUGGUUAGAGACACUGAGAGUGGCAAACAGUUCUGAACCUAGUUUACAACCAAUAAUGGAAUAUUUAUGUGAUACAGAUUUACAAAAAGAUAAAAGCGGUAUGUGGCAAUGUAUUUGUUGUGUUGCUGAUUCUGUCUUUGUGAAAUUCAAAGAUGUUAUGCAGCGUAAACCAAAAGAUGAACGACGUGAAAAAGAACUCGAAAAUCAUGCUCAGUUCCUCUUAGUAUAUUUUAAUCAUGUACAUAAACAAAUUAGACGCAUAGCGGAUAAAUAUCUUAGUGCAUUGGUGGAUGCAUUUCCGCAUCUUUUAUGGAAUUGUAAAGUGCUUUGGAGCAUGUUGGAUAUAUUACAAAUUUUAUCGUUUUCAUUGCAAAUUGAUCCAAAUGAAGAAACACCAAUUUUACGAAUACCUAGUACACCAUAUAGUAUUGAACUUAUGGAUACACUCGAAGCUAGAGAGAUAAUUGUAAAAGAUUUUACUGCAAGGUGUAAAGGUAUAGUACAAGAAGCUAUGAAAUGGGCACCUCAAGCUACUAGAUCACAUUUACAGGAAUAUGUAAAUCAAAUUCCAUCUUCUGGAUUAAAACAUCAUUCUGGUUUAUGUUUAUCUACGGAUUCAGUUCUUGAAUUUGUAGAUCUUGCUAUACCAACCUCGGCCUUACCAAAUACCAAUUCAUUAGAUAAGCGACCAAAAGGUCCAAAAGGAGCCAGUUCGUGGCUUCUGUCAAUGAUGUCAACACGAUCACGAUAUGCCGGAGAAAUAGCAGGAAUGUUAUCAUUAGCGCAAACCGAAUCAUCUACUUCUGAAAUAUCAUUCGAAGAAAUUAGGAACAAAGUUGUAGAUUUAUUAAUCGAUGCUGUAUGGAUGGCUUGCCGUGCACGAAAUGAUGUUACGCAUCGUAGCGCUCUAUGGCGUGCUACUGCAUUAUUAAUAUCUAUGCCUGGAACACAUAGACGUUUGUUACAUACAGUAGCUUCUUCGCAGAUUGAAUUGUUCACUCCUGCAGCUAUGACUACAGCAGUUGAAUGUUGGCAAUGGAUACUAACUGUACGACCAGAUUUAAAAUUACGUUUCUUACAAGAAAUGUUUGUUGCAUGGCAAUAUACUGUUGACAAAAGAAUGGGUUUGUUUGCACCAGAUGAAGAAGAAGUUAGUCCUCUGGCAAUAUACGAAGGUUGCAAAUUAGGUCCAAAUCCUCCCCAAGUCAAACCUCACGAUAUUUGGGUUACAUUUAUUGUAGAAUUAAUUGAAACUGCUAAAUAUUGCUGUCAGGAGACAGUUGACAUGAUUGUUAUAUUAUUACAUCGGUCACUGCCCAUGACUGUUGGUGCUUCUGGUGAGGAACCUGGAAUGAGUCGCCAUGUCGCCGCAAUUGGAGUACGCUUUAAAUUGCUUUCUUGUGGAUUACUUCUUCUUCAAGGUGAUAUUUUAUCAAGAACAUUAAGCAAAAAUGUGUUACGAGAACGUGUAUAUUGUAACUGUUUGGAUUAUUUUUGUCGAGAUCGUCAAGUACCAACACAAGAAUUAGAACAAUUACACGAAGAUUUAGUUACGCUUAUACGAUUUUGGCAAGUAAUGCAUAGUGAUAAAAAAUAUUUAGUAAUGACGGGUAAUGAAAGUGAAUUUGAAAUUUUAACACCCCAGUCAUAUUCAACUGGUGGUUUUGGACCUAGCGAAACAAUUAGUUCAUUAAGUACAGCUUUAGGUACUACUAAUAGUGAAUUUUCAAAAACACCAACGAGUGUAUGGAUUAAUACAGUUCCAAUGUCUACUAGUAGUAAUACAUUAGGUAAACGUAGUAAUCGUAGUAAACGUGUUAUGAAUGCUAAUGUUUUUGUAAAGGAUUAUAUAAAGAAAAGAAAUUUGAUUCUUGAACUGCUGGCAGUUGAAAUAGAAAUGUUAUUAGUUUGGAGAAAUCCUAGUGGAAGACAAGAACUUGCACUUCCUGGUGAAUCAAGUAUUGCAGAAUGGCGCGCUAAGGGUAUGAAUGAUCGAUGGCGUGAAUAUACGCGGCUUGCAUGGGAAAUUAGUCCUGUACUUGCUAUAUUUUUACCAGUUCGAUUAAAAAAUUCAGAAAUUAUUAUUAAAGAAGUAUGUGGUCUUGUUCGUCUUAAACCUGUACCAGUUAUGCAUGUCCCAGAAGCUUUACAGUAUCUUGUUACAACUGAUACAUUACUUAAUGAUGUACCUGAAUUGGUAUAUAUGCUAACAUGGGAAAGAGUAUCACCUAUUCAAGCUUUAGCAUAUUUUUCUCGUCAAUUUCCUCAUCAUCCAAUAUCUGCACAAUAUGCAGUAGAGGUGCUAAGUAGCUAUCCAGCAGAUGCUGUACUUUUCUAUAUACCGCAACUUGUACAAGCUGUACGCCAUGAUACUAUGGGUUAUGUAAUAGAAUUUAUAAAAAAAAUUGCUAAACGUUCACAAGUAGUGGCACAUCAAUUAAUUUGGAAUAUGUAUACAAAUAUGUAUUUAGACGAAGAUAAACAAAUUAAAGAUCCUAUUUUGUAUGAUAUAUUAGAUUCGCUUGUAAAAAGUAUUUUAGGAUCAUUAUCUGGCCCAGCAAAACAAUUUUAUGAAAGAGAAUUCGAUUUUUUCGAAAAGAUUACAAAUAUUUCAGGUGAAAUAAGACCAUAUCCUAAAGGUCCAGAACGUAAAUCGGCAUGUUUAAAAGCUUUAUCAAAAAUCAAAGUACAACCAGGUUGCUAUUUACCAUCUAAUCCUGAAGCUAUGGUAAUUGAUAUUGAUUAUCAAAGUGGAACUCCUAUGCAAAGUGCUGCAAAAGCACCAUUUUUAGCGCGCUUUAAAGUACGAAAAUAUGGAAUUAAUGAAUUAGAAAAUAUUGCAUUAGCAGUAUCAGCUAAUGGUAAAAUGGAUGCUAAAAGAGAAUCAGAAAAAGAAACAUGGCAAGCUGCUAUUUUUAAAGUUGGAGAUGAUGUUAGACAAGAUAUGUUAGCUUUACAAGUAAUCAGUAUUUUCAAGAAUAUAUUUCAAAAAGUUGGAUUAAAUUUAUUUUUGUUCCCAUAUAGAGUAGUAGCUACAGCACCUGGGUGUGGUGUCAUAGAAUGCGUACCUAAUGCAACUUCACGUGAUCAACUUGGUCGCACCACUGAUAUUGAUAUGCAUCAAUAUUUUAUUACACGUUAUGGAGAUGAAACAACGAAAGAAUUUCAAAAUGUACGUCGAAAUUUCGUAAAAUCGAUGGCUGCCUAUAGCGUUAUUACGUAUCUUUUACAAAUAAAAGAUCGCCAUAAUGGUAAUAUUAUGUUGGAUACUGAAGGCCAUAUUAUACAUAUCGAUUUUGGAUUUAUGUUUGAAAGUUCGCCUGGAGGUAAUUUAGGCUUUGAACCUGAUAUUAAACUGACUGAUGAAAUGGUGCUUGUAAUGGGAGGUAAAAUGGAAGCUGCACCUUUCCGUUGGUUCAUGGAAUUAUGUGUACAAGCUUUCCUUGCCGUAAGACCUUAUCAAGAAGCUAUUAUUUCUUUAGUUUCUUUAAUGCUUGAUACUGGAUUGCCAUGUUUCCGUGGACAAACAAUAAAACUUUUACGCGGUAGAUUUGUGCCGACAGCAACUGAUCGCGAAGCAGCGGCCUAUAUGCUCAAUGUAAUACGUAACAGCUACCUCAAUUUCCGUACGAAAACUUAUGAUAUGAUACAGUAUUAUCAGAAUCAAAUUCCUUAUUAAAUUAUUACUUCUAAGUGAUUUUCAUUGACAAUUGUUAAUUUAUAAUGAAGAAAUUCAUUAUUUCUGCAAAAAUUGUUGAAUGAAUAUACUAUGUACUAUAUUGUUAGAUACAGCAAUGUUAAAUUUGCUGUUUGUACAAACUUCUCAGUGUCAAUGUUAUUCUUAGACUUAUAUAAAUUUUAUGAAAACAUUGUGCUCUGUAUGUAUGUAAGAAUAAUGUAUUAUAAAGUGGAAAAAUUAUUCUAUGUCUGCUGUAAAGCAGAAAAUGUGUAUACAUAAGAAACAUUCCUCUAUUUAUUAUUUAUGUACUGUUGUCGGUUAAAUAUUAAAUGGGAAAAUAAUUCAAUAAA